AUGCGCAAUCGCAACUUCAGAAGUUCGCAGUCGCAGUAUAAGAGAAGACAAAUGAAGAAGAUAUCUUCUACUGAACAACAGCCUUCCGAUGAGGAUUCCGAUAGUGAUCAACAACAGCCUUCUCCUUCUCCUUCUCCUUCUUCUUCUUCUUCAGUGUAUAGUGUACCAAAUUUGAUUAACAAUGAUGGUAUUGGCUCUAGGAUAGUAGAUUCGAAAGAUUCGGAAACUAGUAGUGUAGAUGUGGAGCGGAUUGAGCUACAUACUGAUGCACAGAAUUUAGAAUGUCCUACAGUCUCCGAAGAAGACAAAUCUUUGGCUAUUGAUAUUAGUGUAGAGGGAGAUGAGAAGCAGUCGAGUGCGUCAGAUGAAAUGAAGGAAUUGGCCAUAAGCAUCGGCAGCGGAGAGCAACUUUCAAGUGUUCAACUUGAGGAUUUGAUAGGCAUGAUAAGAAAUGCUGAGAAAAAUGUUCUUCUUCUCAACAAAGCUCGGGUUCAUGCACUUGACGAUCUUGAAAGAAUUUUUCAUGAGAAGGAUGCGUUGCAAGGAGAAAUUAAUGUUUUGGAGAUGAGAUUGGCAGAAAAUGAUGCCAGGAUGAAGGUAGCUGCUCAAGAAAAGAUACGUGUGGAACUCAUGGAAGCCCAGUUGGAGAAACUAAGGAAUGAACUAGCUCAGAGGGGUGCUACUGGGAGAAGUGUGUUUGAUCUGUAUGAGAGCCAAAGCAAUGUUUCUGAUAAGGAAGCCCCUCUACUUCAGAAUAGCAGUGUUCAUUCUCUUAACGAGAAGCUGAGUUCACUGAGGAUGGAGAAUAUGUCUCUGAAAAAUGAUAUAGAAGCACUCAGGGGAGAGCUUAGUAAUGUCAAGAAUACUGAUGAACGUGUUGUAAUGCUGGAGAAGCAACGCUCUUCGUUGGAGUCUUCUCUGAAAGACCUAGAGUCCAAACUGAUAGCUUCUCAGGAAGAUGUUUCAAAAUUAUUUAGUCUAAAAGUUGAAUGCAAGGACUUAUGGGAGAAGGUGGAAAAUUUGCAAAUACUGCUAGAUAAGGCAGCCAAGCAAGCAGAUCAAGCUAUUCUUGUGUUUCAGCAAAACCAGGAGCUUCGAAAGAAGGUUGAUAAAUUGGAAGAAUCCCUGGAAGAAGCCAAUGUUUAUAUGCUUUCAUCAGAAAAGUUGCAGCAAUAUAAUGAACUGAUGCAGCAAAAGAUGAAACUAUUGGAGGAGCGCCUUCAGAGGUCCGAUGAAGAGAUACAUUCUUAUGUCCGAUUGUAUCAGGACUCUGUACAAGAAUUUCAAGAUACACUCAAUAAUUUGAAAGAGGAAAGCAAGAAAAGGGCACUAGAUCAACCUGUAGAAGAUAUGCCUUGGGAAUUUUGGAGUCAUUUACUGCUCAUAAUUGAUGGUUGGCUGCUUGAAAAGAAAAUAUCUACAGAUGAUGCAAAGCACUUGAGAGAAAUGGUGCGGAAGAGAGAUAGGCGUAUUUGUGAGGCAUACAUGGAAAGCAGAGAAAAGAAUGAGCGUGAAGCUGUGUCUAGGUUUCUCAAGCUGACAUCGUCACCCAAAAGGUAA